GUUUGUUUAGGAGGGAAGGGGAAGGGGUUGUUGUUCGAAGUGUCCCCCUCAGCUGAUGCUGAUGUGCCGCUUUAAUUUUUUGAGAUACUUUUCUAAUGGAUGACGCUGAUAGGGGGCUAGUUUUCUUCUCAAAGUCACAAUGAACUCGUCAACAAGACCCAGCUCAGUGAGCUGGGUUUUCAAAUGGAAUUGGGAUGAGAUGUGUGGACCAGAUGGCCUUGUUGUCUGGUCUACAUCACACAAGGAUCUUGGAUUAUGCUUUCAAGAGCUGUGCAUGAAGGUUCCAACAUUGACGUUACUAGCUGCUGUGUCAGCUUUUUACUGUGGAAGCCAGGACAGAUGGGUUGUGAGAGACAAAAAUAUGAUAAGAGUGAUCUUUGUGCGCUCAGUAAUAGCUAUGGCUCUUGCUAUUGAGCCCAUUAUUAGAGUCUGUAACAAGAUAAAUGAUGCUCCCACAGCCCUACAUCCUGUUGAUUAUCUCUUAUAUGCAGUUGAAAGUUUUGCUUGGUUGGUGCACUUUGGGUAUAUUCUUGCCUUAAGACAUCGCUUGGGAGUAAGCCCCAGAGGACCUAUAGUUGCGUGUGUCUUGUGGACACUUAUCUUUGUAUUCAAUAUUGUGUCAGUUCGUUCUUUAGCAAGAAUAAUACGAGAAGGAAAUGCAUCUCAGUCAGUUUACAUUGAUUAUUAUGCAGAUUUGAUUAAUUUGUGUACACAUUUUCUUUACCUUUGUACACUUUUACCUGGGAGAGGAGGUACUCAUGCUGCUUAUAACAGAAUGUACACGGAAUAUUAUCAACGGGUUAUUCAGAGUGAUGAGAGACAAGGACUUUUAAGCUCCCGCCAUGCCUACAGUGGGUUCAGAGAAGAACAAGAACCUGGCUACCUUGGGGUUGCCAUGGAAGACUCAACAUUCUCAUCUCGCUUGUUUUUUCACUGGGUACGACCACUGAUGGUAAAAGGUGUAGAGGGGCAACUACAUGAUGUAGAUGAUCUCUUUGAUUUGCCGGAAGACCUUACACCGUCGUACAUACAUGCUCAACUUGAGCAGGCAAUUGGGCGUUCAAGUGCCCUUAAUUCAGAAAAGACUAGCUUGAGCUCAGGACAGUAUGGCUAUGGCAGUGUGCAGGGUCCUUCCUCCUCCCUUCAAGCAUCACUCGCAGCUCCACAACAAGUUGAAGAUGUGCAUGUUGUCUCUUCUCCAGUGUCUUUAUUAAGGGCUUUACAUUCUUGCUUUGCUUGGGAAUUUUACAGUGUUGGGGUCAUAAAAUUCCUUGGAGAUGCUGUAGGUUUUGCCUCCCCUCUCUUGUUGAACUUACUUGUUAAAUUCAUAGAAUCUAAAUCAGAGAGAAAAGAAGAUGGAUACUUCUUUGCUCUAGGCCUUUGUCUUACAGCCCUUAUUUCUGCUCUCUGCAAUGCACAUUUUAAUUUCUUGAUGGCAAAAGUUGGAAUGAAGAUUCGUUCAGCUAUCAUCACCCUUGUCUACAACAAAAUUCUCACUCUGAGCACAAAAUCUUUUUCUCUCUUCAGCUCUGGAGAAGUUGUUAACUUUAUGAGUACUGACACUGACAGAAUAGUGAAUUCAUGUCCCAGCUUUCACGCCUUAUGGAGUAUUCCCCUUCAGCUCGCUGUAACAUUUUACCUUCUCUAUACUCAAGUGGGCUUAGCUUUCUUAGCUGGAGUAUGUUUUGCUGUUGUUUUAAUUCCAAUAAAUAAAUUAAUUGCCAUGAAAAUUGGUUCACUAAGCUCAAAGAUGAUGGAAAAGAAAGAUGAACGAGUUGAAAUGUGUUCUGAGGUUUUGCAAGGAAUGCGAACUAUAAAAAUGCAUGUUUGGGAAGAACACUUUCUGACCAAAAUUUUACGCAUAAGAGAAAGUGAACUGUAUUUUUUGAAAGGGAGAAAAUACCUUGAUGCCAUGUGUGUGUUUUUUUGGGCAACCACUCCUGUCAUGAUAGCACUUCUUACCUUCGUUUGCUAUUCACUCCUUGGAGGUCAGCUUACUGCUUCACGAGUCUUUACAACUAUUGCACUUUUGAACAUGCUGAUUGCACCUUUGAAUGCAUUCCCCUGGGUUUUGAACGGAUUAGUUGAAGCUUGGGUUUCUGUUGCUCGAGUUCAGAAGCUCAUAACACUUCCAGAUCUAGAUCUUCAUGAAUUUUACCAUCCCCUUCCCAUUGAUAAUGAUAAUAUUGCCAUUGUGGUUCGAAACGGGAAAUUUGAGUGGGGAAAUGAAAAAUCACAAGAUAGGUUCCAAUUAAAUGAUGUGAACUUCACCAUCCUUAAGGGUCAGUUAAUUGGUGUGAUUGGGGAAGUGGGCAGUGGGAAAUCUACACUUUUGGCAUCCAUACUUGCUGAGCCAGAGAAACAGUCUGGUGUGGUGGCUGUGGAUAAUUCUGAUCAAGGCUUUGCUUAUGUGGCCCAACACCCUUGGCUCCAGCGGGGCACUAUCCGAGAUAAUAUCUUAUUUGGCAAACCAUUUGAUCAACUGCGUUACAGAUCUGUUUUGGAUGCUUGUUGUCUUGAGGAUGAUCUGCGUACCCUUCCUAAAGGAGAUCUUUGUGGUAUCGCUGAAGGUGCUACAAAUUUAAGUGGUGGUCAGAAAGCUAGAAUAGCAUUAGCAAGAGCUGUUUAUCAGGACAAAGCAAUUUAUAUUUUUGAUGACAUCUUAUCAUCUGUUGAUCCUCCAGUGGCAAAUUUGAUUUUUGAUAAGUGUAUUCGUAAGCUAUUAAAUGGACGUACUCGUAUUUUGUGCACACAUUACGCUCAGUGCUUACGCUACGCAGAUGUUGUUAUGAAAAUAUCAGCUGGACGAAUUGUACAUAUGGGAUCGCCUUCAGAUGUUCUUGCUGAAGAAAUGGAAAAUCUUGCUCUUCUCGAUUCUGAUAGUAUUCCAUCAGGAAGUAAAGAGGGCACCAGAAUUACUAGGGAUGAAGAUAUAAUCUCAGAACAAGAGGAUGACAUUCUUUUGAAUGAACAUCGAGAAAUUGGAACAGUGCAAUUGAAAGUAUAUGGAGCUUACUGGAGAGCGUUAUCUCCUUUUUUAUCCAUUGCAAUAUUUAUAUCUCUUAUUCUCAUGCAAUCAACUAGGAAUCUUUCUGAUUGGUGGAUGUCUUAUUGGGUAUCUCAUAAUAGCAGUAAUCCUCUAGGAAAGAACACAGAAUUCAAAGUUGAUGUGGAAAGACUUGUGGCAUCGAACAUCUCAACACCUGAGCUGACAAAUAUCUCUUUCUAUCUUACUGUUUAUGGUACUAUUGCUGGUCUGAACUCAUUCUUUACGCUUCUUAGAGCCUUCUUGUUUGCCUAUGCUGGUAUUCAUGCAGCCACAGAACUUCAUAAACAGUUGAUAAAGACACUCAUGCGAGCAAAGAUAUUUUUCUUUGAUAUAUCCCCUUUGGGUCGAGUUCUGAACCGCUUGUCUUCUGAUACAUACACUGUUGAUGACUCAUUGCCUUUUAUACUAAAUAUUUUACUGGCACAAUUUUUUGGUUUGCUUGGAACUAUGUUUGUUACAAUUUAUGGGCUGCCGUGGCUUUGUUUGGUUCUUAUACCGUUAAUACCAAUUUACCACUGGCUUCAAGAACAGUACCGCCAAACAUCUCGAGAACUAAAACGCAUAUCAAGUGUAACACUUUCUCCUGUGUAUUCUCAUUUUAGUGAGUCCAUGCUUGGACUGGCCACCAUACGUGCUUUCCGGGCUAGUUACAGAUUUAAACGUCAAAAUGAAAAUUUUCUGGAUUGUAAUCAAAGAUCAGUUUUAUCAUCUCAGGCUGCAUCGCAGUGGCUUGGCCUCCGUCUUCAAUUAAUGGGAGUUGCCAUAAUCAGUGGGGUUGGCAUGAUUGCUGUUAUACAACAUCAGUUUAAUGUAGCGGACCCUGGUAUUGUUGGCUUGGCAAUUGCAUAUGCACUUUCUGUAACGAGCAUGUUAGGUGGUGUUGUCAAUGCGUUUACCGAAACUGAGCGUGAAAUGGUAGCUGUUGAACGAGUUCAUCAAUACAUUACUGACAUUCAAUGUGAAUCACAAAAGCCAGGAUUGCAACCAGCUCCAUAUGCAUGGCCACCACAAGGGGUGGUUCAGUUUCAAAAUGUCAUAUUAAAAUAUAGGGAUCACCUUGCACCGUCAUUGAAAUGUAUAACUUUUCAAACAAGACCCUCUGAGAAAGUUGGAGUUGUUGGUAGAACUGGUGCAGGAAAGAGUUCCCUUAUCGCAGCAUUAUUUCGGCUUGUUGAAAUCUCAAACGGAUGUAUUCUUAUUGAUUCCAUAGACAUUUCUAAUAUGAGUCUGCACAGUCUGAGACGGCGAUUAGCUGUCAUUCCACAAGACCCAUUUCUGUUUGCUGGGUCUGUAAGAGACAACAUUGAUCCACUCAAAGAGUAUAGUGACCAUGAGGUGUAUGAUGUCCUGAACCGGUGUCAUAUUGUGGAUGUUGUAAGGAGAAUGGGAGGUCUCAAUGCUCAGGUCGGACCUGGAGGCUCCUUUUUCUCUGCUGGACAGAAACAACUGCUUUGCCUUACUAGAGCUAUACUACACAACGCAAAGAUUCUUUGUAUUGAUGAAGCAACAGCUAAUGUAGAUCAUGAAACUGAUCGUCUCAUCCAAAAAACAAUAAGAGCGUCUUUUGGGAAGAGUACUGUAAUUACUGUUGCUCAUAGAAUUGAAACAAUCAUGGAUUCUGACAGAGUUCUUGUUCUAGGAGGAGGAGAGGUUCUAGAAUUUGAUAGCCCUGAUAAAUUGAUGGAGGAUAAAACUUCACAUUUUUACCGUCUUGCUUCACAUGGGCAAGAAAGGAGUUAAGUUUUUCUGAUACUCCUGCUUUCUGUGAUUUAAUAUGUUCCAAAGGUUUUAAUUAGGAGCUCAUGAAUUGGCUGAGCAAAUUGAUACACAUUUACUGAGAUACAGUUGAGGAAUGUGAGAAGAUCUGCUGCAAUGUUGGCCCUUUCAAUCGAUAUUGACAUUGCACUUUGGCUGUGAAUUUAUCCUAUUUGUUAUGAACAUGUUCUUUUAACUUAAAAUUUUCUUUUACAUUAGUUCUUUUUACAUAUUCUAUAUAUAUCUAGUGUAUUGUCAUGUAUGAACAUUGGUAUUAGAUUGAUUUAACAAUUCCUACCUUGGUGUGUUAUAUAUUCAUGUAACAUUUUAAUUCUGAGCUGAGAGGUUUCAUUAAUAAUGAGAAGUGUUUAGUUCGCUCUCUGGAUACAACUACUGUAUGUCCUCUUUUUGUAGAUUUUGUAGGUAAUGUGUAAAGCUUGUCUUUAAGUAAAGUAGGAAACCAAACAUCAAAAUAAAACAAUAGAGAUAAAAUA